UCCGCGCCGGGCCGCUCCCCUAGCAACGGUUGCUAAGGCCGCGCGUUGGGCGAGGAUUGCUGAGUCCCCGGUGUGGUGCAGGUUUCUGUGCCUGACUGAAGGCCUCGUUCUGCACACAGCGCUGUCAUAUUUUUUUUUUUUAACCGAGGUGCUCUAGGGGCUGUGUAGCAAAAGCAGUGUUUGCCAUCAGUGCAGUGAUACGUGCAGCUUCUGGGAGCACCUCGGGGUGACAGCUGCCGACUGGGCUGUGGGCCUGGCAGGGAGCAGCAUCCUCCUCUUUACACCUUCCCAAAUUAACUACCGAGCUGUGUUACAGCGUGCCUGGUGCACCUUUCAGCCCAGUCCUGGUUUGCCUGGCCUUGUUCCAUAUGUGCCAGAGGGAGAGAGGAGCCCAGAGUGCACAGGAACGAGAGGCUGAGAGAGGUGGGGAAGUGGCGGAAGAGAAGGGCAAAUGAAGCUGGCCUGACUGCUGCAGCACUCCUGUGAGAUGUACAACGCUGACAUAACACACUGAGUACAUGAACAAAAGGCACCGUGGUGCUGAGAGGACCAAACUUCCCACCCUCUUGUGGGCUUUACAGUGUUUCACCCAGUGAAACAGAGCAGACUUUUCAGAUUAUAUAAAACAUUGAAGUAUGGUUUCUUUAACAUGUGUUUUCUGAAGAGGAAUGUGUGGAUAGAUGAGAUUUAGCUGCCAAAGCCUUUCAUUUUUUUUAUGUUAUGGGCCAGGCUGCCUUUUAUUCCAAAUAAACUACUGAGCCCCUUUGUGAGAACAACCAACUGAAACAGUCAUUCUUCACCUAAAUCACAACACCAUCCAAAUCAAAGACAACAAGGAUGCUCAAUGAAAGAGCCACAUUGUUUGUGCAAAUCUGUGCAUCUGGGAAGGAUGAACAAAAAAUGUCAGCUGCAUCCAUCCCCGCCAUGCGAGAGCGAUGAGAGCAGCUCCUCCAGACGCAGCCUGGCAAUGGAGGAUGAUUUAUUCCAGCUGAGACAGCUGCCAGUAGUCAAGUUUCGCCGCACUGGAGAAAGUUCAAGGUCAGAGGAGGAUGCCAUUUCAGGAGAACAUGAAAUUCAGAUUGAGGGGGUUCGGACAGAGCUAGAGGCUAUCGAGCUGGAGGAUGGAGCUGCAGUGCCAAAAGAAUUUGCCAACCCAACUGAUGAUACUUUCAUGGUGGAAGAUGCGGUGGAAGCCAUUGGAUUUGGGAAGUUCCAGUGGAAGCUCUCUGUUAUUACAGGAUUAGCAUGGAUGGCAGAUGCUAUGGAAAUGAUGAUUUUAAGUAUCCUAGCUCCUCAGCUUCAUUGUGAGUGGCGAUUACCAAGCUGGCAGGUUGCAUUGCUCACAUCGGUAGUGUUUGUGGGAAUGAUGUCCAGCUCCACCCUCUGGGGAAACAUUUCAGAUCAGUAUGGGAGAAAAACAGGUCUAAAGAUUAGCGUGUUAUGGACUCUCUAUUAUGGGAUCCUCAGUGGUUUUGCACCGAUAUAUAGCUGGAUCUUGGUGCUGAGGGGCCUGGUGGGCUUUGGGAUUGGAGGAGUGCCUCAGUCGGUAACCUUAUAUGCCGAAUUCCUUCCAAUGAAAGCCAGAGCAAAAUGCAUUUUAUUAAUAGAGGUCUUUUGGGCCAUUGGAACCGUGUUUGAAGUCCUCCUAGCAGUGCUGGUGAUGCCCACUCUUGGCUGGCGGUGGCUUCUCAUUCUUUCUGCCCUCCCACUUUUGCUCUUCGCUGUCCUAUGUUUUUGGCUGCCAGAAAGUGCAAGGUAUGAUGUGUUAUCUGGAAAUCAAGAAAAAGCAAUUGCUACUUUAAAGCGGAUAGCAACAGAAAACGGAGCUCCAAUGCCUCUAGGAAAAUUAAUUAUUUCCAGGCAGGAAGACCGAGGAAAAAUGAGGGACCUUUUUACACCCCAUUUUAGAUGGACCACGUUGUUACUCUGGUUUAUAUGGUUUUCCAAUGCUUUUUCAUACUAUGGGUUAGUUUUAUUAACUACAGAGUUCUUCCAAGCAGGAGAUGUCUGCAGCAUUUCCAGUAGAAGAAAAGAAGUUAAAGCAAAGUGCAGCCUGACCUGUGAGUAUCUGACAGAGGAAGACUAUACUGAUCUGCUCUGGACAACCCUGUCAGAAUUCCCAGGUGUGUUAGUAACACUGUGGAUUAUUGAUCGGAUAGGCCGCAAGAAAACCAUGGCCCUGUCCUUUUUUGUCUUCUCGUUUUGCAGCCUGCUGCUGUUUCUGUGUGUUGGAAGAAAUGUUCUUACUGUGCUGCUCUUCAUUGCAAGAGCUUUUAUUUCAGGAGGAUUUCAGGCUGCUUAUGUUUACACUCCAGAGGUUUACCCAACAGCCACACGUGCUUUGGGCCUGGGAACAUGCAGUGGAAUGGCCAGAGUGGGAGCCCUCAUAACGCCAUUCAUUGCACAGGUGAUGUUGGAAUCUUCAGUCUAUUUAACACUGGCAGUUUACAGUGGAUGUUGCCUGCUGGCUGCUGUGGCUUCCUUCUUCUUGCCCAUUGAAACGAAAGGUCGUGGCUUACAGGAGUCCAGCCACAGAGAAUGGGGACAGGAGAUGGUUGGGAGAGGAUCUCAUUCCCCAGGAGUCACCAGGUCUAACUCUGGGUCACAGGAGUGAUGAGACAUGAAAUCCUGCUGAAGGAAUGGAUGAAAUAAGCAAGAUAAGUUCCAAAAAAGGCCAACUAUGAAGCAUAGAAAGCAGACCAUACUGUCACUGCCAAUGUCAUGUGUCAAACUGCAGGAACUUUUGGGUUGAACCUAAGUAAAUUGUGUCACUACUGCUCUUUGUUCACACACAUAAAGACUUUACUUCCAUAUUGAAAGGCAUUUGAUCCAGAUGUCGUUUGAAAUUUAGCAGGAAGGGUUUUUCUUAAGUCUGUUGUGCUUGCAUGGUCAGCUAUUCAGCUUAAAAUGUCCCGUGUCAAGCAAAUAAUUAACUGAAUGCCACUCGGUAUAAGCUGUAAUUAAAAUAAUGUACUCUUGAUGCCUAAAAACAAAAGAUUAAUAUUUAUUGUGUACUUGGUAUAGCAUACGGUGGAUUCCAUACACUACAAAAUAGGUUUUAUGAACUAGAUGCCUGCCUUGCACUUUUUAGCCAUCAUCAACAACAACAAUGCAGUAACAGCAAACCAACCAAUGCUUACUAUUCCCUUGCUUAUGGGUUCUGCUCCUUGAGAAUUAACAGGCACUGUGAGUGAGAUUGCUUGGAAUCUAUUUCCUGAAUGUUUCUCCCACUCGAGGCAGGUAGUUUGAGUUGGUGAGGAGUGGUAUUUGCUGCACAGAUGGAAUCUCAUAUGAGAAGUGUAUGUUCUCCAUAAAUCUUGAUGCUUUGGAGCAGAAUUUGACUUUUCUACCAUUGCCAGGAACAUUGAGCACUGUGUUGCUUGGUGAAGACUGCUUCAGCUGUGCUGGUGUCUCUUUGUGUGUGGAGAUGCACGCUGUGGUUUUCUGCAUGGGCUCAGGUCUGUUUCUGCUCAAUUUGCCUAAGUGUGUUCCUGCAGUGGUGUACCCAGAAUGUUUGGUGAAGAUGCCUCAGUCUGAACAGCUAUGUGGAACAGUUUGGAUGGAGCCUGUUUGGAGUGUCUCCCAACAGAAGCUGGUCUCCUGACAGCUGGGCUGGACUUCUCAAUAGCUGCAGAUUGCAUGACUGCGGCGGUAAGCAGGUGACAAAGGAAUGUAGCUGGCAUCACGUCAGAAACAAAAAUCCUGGGAAGAGCUAAACCACAAUCUUCCUGAGAAGAGGAACUUCAUUCCUUCAGACGUAACCAGUCCGUGGAGGCUGAUGAUCCUGCUCUUGUUGGAGAAUGCAACAGAGUUCAGGUGAGGAUAAGUUUGUGUUGUUUGUCAGAAAUUUGUCUUUGCAGGGAGUCGGAAUUCAGAGUCUGUGGAUAUGCAGCAAGAAAAUACAAACAGAAACUGAGACCUGUCUCAUCUACGGCUCAGUUUGCUUUCUGAAUUCCUCACUAUGGGACACAUGACCCAAUGGAAUGAGAUGGACUAGAUGCUAAUCAAUAGGCUGUGGGAAAGCAAUACAUUUUUCUAAUAUGUGUGGUCCGAUGUCUCACAGAAACAUAGGUAAAUGUGCAACAAAUUUUGCACAAUAGAGUAUUUUAAGUAUUCUGGGAACCAAGCCCCUCUUCUGUGGGGCAAUAACAGGUCGCUGAGUCUGUUUUUGGGUGCAAUACAAAUGAAUGCUGUUGGGGUUUACCUUUCACUUAGGGAUUUGCAGCACUGUAGUGCUGUAUAAUGCUCUGAGACAUGUUAGGCUGUUUGUUUAUAGUGUUGAAGGAGAAUUAGACAAGAAACUGAGGGAACUCAGACUAAUUUGAAAAAGGCCAAAGAGUUUGUUGAUAUUCCAUGUUUGAGUGUCUUCUGCUGAGAAAAGUUCGAGUUUGACACGGAAUGUCUGUCUGCUCACUUACUGCUUUCUGAUGGUGGCUGCAGUGAGAGAUUCUGGAAGCAGUUGGUGUAAGCAGGCACUUUUGUUUUUGUGGCUAUAUGAAAAUGCAGCUCAGCUCGCAGGGGAUCCUGCUGUAGAUAUGGUGGAGGAUGUAGGAAUGCACUGUCUGUUCCAGUGACUGUUGCUUCGUGUGGGUCUGGUUAUCUCUGAUCUUUGUCUCUGCUGUGUCUUUAUCCUGUGUGCUCGGUCUCCAGCAAGCUCAAAUUCCAGUCAGCCCUCAGUAAACAGGCAGGGCUCUCAUGGAGCUGACAACCAGUGCACGUAAUUUCUUUUUGCCACCUUUUUUCAGGCUGUAGUUGGAUAACUUUCUCUAGUAUACUAUGCAACUGGGGUAGCUCAGUGCUGCCUCAGAGAUGCACUGACUCAUUUCCCUUGGAUGCACGAGGGACGGAUGUGGUGCAGGCAGAGGAAGGAAGCAUCUCCUGGAUGCUUACAGUUCAGUGUACACCCCAAAACUGGAGUGCCUAUAGGAGAAUCCAGCUGAGUGUGAGCCCACCUUGGAGGUCAGGGUGAAUAUAAAAUGAAAUCCGUGGCUGGAUGAAUGCCACCUCACAGCCUGGCUGCUACCUUGGUUUGUUAUUGAAAGCCUUUUUGUUAAAGUUCUGCUUUUCCAGUGUUAAUGCUCACAUGGCACUUUGUUAUUUUUCGAGCCAAUAUUCAGCAGCACUGCAAUGGCCUUCAAAGCGUGCGUUCAGAGGGCUAGGGAAGUACGGAUAUCGAGUCAACUUCAAACAACAUAUUGCCCACGUAAAGACUUACAGGUAACACAAAGCCUUUGGAUGCUGUUGAGUAGUUCAGUGUUAACCUGUAUUAAAAUAAAAAUUGAAGGCAUUUUUGCUUUUCACUUUUUACAAAUUCUGAGUCAGCAACUGAGAAUGUAUCUAACAACACAAGCAUUAUUAAGAAAGGAAGGACAUUGUAGACAGCUCACUGAAAAACCAAGGAAUGUUUGGCUUGAUACACUGCAGCUAUAACCACAUGUCACGUUGUCAAUAUGGCAACACCACUGAUGUAUAUAAUAAGCUUCCAAAGAUCCUUUUACACACUGAGUAUUUUUCACUGAUGAAGGAAUUAAUAGAGCUAGUUCCUUGAAAACAACGAAGUGACCGAAGUGACGUAGUUUUGGAUUAUAACUGAGAGCAAACAGAGUUGUGGGAUUCAGAGUUUUGCUGUCUGUUCAAUAUAUUAAUGUGCAAAGCUGUUGUGGGAAAAAUAAUUCUCCAAGUGUGCUUUGAUGGAAUGAUUUCGUAUUCCUAAAUGCUUGCAGAAAGAACAUUGAAUGUUUUCCUGUGUUUGAAUGUACAGUUUCUAAGCUGGAUACGUUUUAAUGUUUAAAAACUUUGUGUAUAUGGAGCUUGUUGUAAAAUAAUCCUUUUGUUCCUCUGUUACUGAUGCAACAUUGGAUCGUUUAAUUCCACACUAGAUAUUUUAUGUUGGACAAAUAAAUAGUUUUUCCAGUAAAAGUGGCUGUUCCAUAGGAC